CCACGCCUCUCAGAAAAAAGUUAAACCAAAAAGAAAAUGACAGAAGUUACGGUCAAGGUCAAGAUAAUGAACAUGACAUGUGAACAUUGUGUUCGCUCUGUAACGAAGGCUUUACAACAGGUACCUGAAGUGAAAGGCGCUUCAGUCCGAGUAAAUUUGAAACAAGAAGAAGCUACCUUCACUAUUGAGGAUAUGAGCCGGAAACUUGAACUACUGCAUAAAAUCUCUGAGGCCGUAGAGGAAGCAGGAUAUGACUGUGGAGAAUUUCAAUUCAUACCCAUAACAGACAGUGCGACCAACGCUGAAGCAGACAUAAUUACAAUACCAAUUGAUGGAAUGACAUGUUCUCACUGCACAAAUACAAUAACAAAUGCAUUGAAACAAGUACCAGAAAUAGAUCCUGAAAGCGUCCAUGUUUCGUUAGAGAAAGCUCAAGCACAAAUGAGCCUCACCGUUCCACGCGAAUCAUUCAAUUUGACCAAAGUAACUGAACUAAUUGAAGAUCUAGGUUAUAUGGUUGGUGAAGAAUUCAACUCUACUGAAGCGAACUCUCCUCCGAAAAUGGUUUCUGAUAAUGAUACCCUCACAAAUAUAAAAAGUAUCGAGGUCUACUUAUCAGGUCUAACAUGUCAGCAUUGUUCGAGAACUGUUACCUCAGCUAUACAGAGUUUACCGGGCGUGUUACGCGAUUCAGUUAUUGUGAACGAAAAAACUCAGAAAUGUUCUUUCUCCUACGAAGAUGAAGCGAUCAAUGAGAAGAUGUUAAGGCGUCUCAUUGAAGAUCUUGGUUAUGAUAUGGUGGGAAGGCCAAAAAUAACAAAAGGAAUUUACACGAAAGAGCCCAGCAGUAAUUCAUCAUGUGAGACUCUCGAGGAAGUUGUAACUGGUGAAACGCUUUUAGACGAUGAAAACGAACAGCGCAAAGUCGUUAUGCGAGUCAUUGGCAUGACUUGCAAAUCCUGCGUGAAAUCUGUGACAGAAGCUUUGGAGAAUGAUUUGCCUCACGUGUUGCCGCAUUCUAUAUUUGUUGGUUUACAAACGGAAAUGGCCACAUUCAUAACAACAAAGCCAGAUGUGGAAAAAAUUCGUGACGUUAUUGAAACAAAAGGGUUUUCUGUUGAAAAUAUCCAGAUUAUACGUAAUUUGAAAUCACCGGCUGUGUUAGGGCUCGAAGACGAGAAAUGUGAGAAGAAUUAUAAAAUGGAUUCCUCGUUAGAAUCCGUGUCGAUCGGUCAAGUAGAAGUAGUUGCCGUUCCGCAUAAAGUGAGCCUACAAAUUGGAGGAAUGACAUGUUCAAGCUGUGUCAGAACAGUCGAGCAGGGGCUUGCAAAACUUCCUGGUGUUGUUCCCUCAUCAACCAAAGUCAAUCUUUUAACACGAAAUGCCACACUUUCAGUUGAGGGUGGCAACUUGGACGAACAGACUAUAAUCAAAGCAGUAGAAAAAAUGGGUUAUUCGGCCAGUAAUGUUGUCUUUUUGUCAGAAGCAACUCAGCCUACUAAAUCAGCAAAAGCCGGAAACGAUGUCUAUAAAGCCGAAGUGGUUGUCAGUGGCAUGCAUUGUGCUGAAUGUGUACAAAAGCUCCAUAACUCUUUCAGCACAUUGCACGGAAUAAAAUCAGAUACCAUUGUCAUCGAUUUGAAAUCUGGCCAAUCAAGCUUUGAAUUUACUGGCGACUAUAUUUCACGCCAAAGAAUUCAGCAAAGUGUCCUACAAGUAGGGCUUUCAACGGAGAGCAUAAAGAUAACCAAGCUGAUCAGUAAAUCGAAUGAUGCAGCAAGUAUUUCAAACUCGGAUGAUGAAGAGCACUCUACAGCUUACCUAAAUGUUACUGGGAUGACAUGUGCCUCUUGCGUUGCCACUAUCGAACGAAAUUUAAUGAAGCAGCCAGGUGUAAUAAGUUGCCAAGUCAACCUCCUUACAAAACUAGCUAUUAUCAAAUAUGACUCUACUAUUGUCGGCUCCCGUGUGUUGGCUCAAAUGAUCGAACAAUUAGGCUAUAAAGCUGAACUUACUCAAAGCGCACAAAAUGCAUCGCUUACUGAACAAAGAGAAGCAAUGCGUAAUACAAUGAAUCAAGAAUUAAAGGUCCUUCAAAAGCGGUUUCUAUGGUCUCUUCUCUUUGCCGUACCUGUUGUCCUUAUCUCCAUGAUCUUCAUGAUGGCUUUGCCGCCAUCUUCACCUGUUCAUCGUGCUUUUACUAAAGAGAUUACCAGCGGGUUAUCCAUUGGUGAUCUCAUUCUAUUCAUACUGUCAACUCCAGUUCAGUUCUGGUUAGGCUUACCAUUUUAUGUCAAGGCAUACAAAUCUUUGGUUUAUUCACAUUCUGCCAAUAUGGAGACGUUAGUAGCCAUGGGAACAACAGUUGCGUACUUAGCUUCGGUAGCUUCGGUAAUUGCUGCUAUGGUUCGCCGAUCUAUGUCCAUGACCAUGAACUAUUUCGAAACUUCCGUUUUACUUAUUACAUUCAUACAUUUCGGUAAAUGGUUGGAAGCGCUGGCUAAAGGCAAAACGGCGGAAACAAUUAGCAAGCUAAUGGACUUACAGCCGGAUAAGGCUGUACUGAUUGAGUUCAAGAAAGAGACAGACUUGAAUGAAACCUUUACCGAGGAGAUUAACCAAGAUUCUUAUGUUGAAAGGGAGAUUGACUCCACAGAUAUACAAGUCGGUGAUAUACUUAAGGUCAAGGCUGGCGAACGUAUACCCUGUGAUGGUAAGGUUUGGAGAGGGACUUCAAAUGCAGAUGAAUCGAUGAUCACUGGUGAAUCUCUUCCUAUUGCAAAAAAGCCUGGAGACCGUGUAAUUUGCGCAACUAUCAAUCUAAGUGCCCCCAUAUAUUUUCGGGCUAUGCGUGUGGGCUCAGAUACUACACUCUCACGUAUUAUACAGCUAGUUCAGGAUGCACAGUCCUCUCCCAAAGCGCCUAUUGAGCAUCUUGCGGAUAAGAUAUCAAGUGUCUUUGUACCUGUCGUUAUAGCUUUGGCUAUAAUCACAUUUAUAAUAUGGGAAGUAGUCAGUUUGAAGAACUUAUAUCCUGACGAAUGGUUACCUAUGGGUGAAAACAAAACAAUUUUUUCGCUUCUGCUCGCAGUUACUGUUCUUGUAAUUGCCUGCCCAUGUGGUUUAGGCUUAGCAAGUCCAACAGCCGUUAUGGUGGGCACUGGUGUCGCAGCAAAGAACGGUAUUUUGGUAAAGGGAGGUGGUAAUGCUUUGGAAAUGGCCAGUAAAUUAACAACCAUAGCAUUUGACAAGACUGGAACACUGACUUUGGGUAAACCUGUAGUAACACAUGCUUGGACUUCUAUCUCUAUGAAGGAGCAAAGUGAUGUUGAACUCACUACAAAGAAGAAGAUCGCUAUCUGGAAAAUCCUUGGACGAGUUGCUUCUGCCAGUAAUCAUCCUUUGUCAAGAGCAAUAGUGAAGAAAGCGAAAUUCAUAAUCAAAUCCUUACUCGAGGAUCCUACUAUUAGUGACGACAAGCUCAUUUUUAAUGAUAUCGCUCCUGGUGACGUUGAGGAUGACAGCAAUGCUGAUGAAAAGUCGGCAGAUUCCACUGAUUAUUUCGAUGGUGUAAAGAUUAGUAAUGCAGAGGAAGUAGCAGGCCGCGGACUUUUGGUCACUUUGACUUUAGGAACACAGGUUUCCCAAUACUUAGAAGGCAACUUAAAGGAUGUUCAAGCGAUCAAUGUAUUUUCGGGCAGUGAAGAUUGGAUGAAUCAGAACCAUGCAAGAUAUAAAAACUCCCGCGAAGCAAAAGCAUGCCGAAAUUUGUUGAUGGAAUGGCAAAAUCUUGGACAGUCUACUGUUAUUAUAGCAGCAUCACCCCUAAGCAACGGAAACGUCCAUGACGACGAUCUGUUAUCUGAAAGUGACCUUCAUAAAGACAAUGACAACUGCAAAAACCAAUGUGUUUGCGAUAUUUGCAAAUGUGUCGCGAACUCUAUAUGCUGUACUGCAUCAAAAACCAUGGUGAUUGCACAAGUUUCAAUAGCUGAUAUCCCACGUCCCGAAACGGUAACUCUUAUUGAAGAGCUUAAGCGUCGUAAAGUCGAAGUUUGGAUGAUUACAGGUGAUAACGAACGCACAGCGAAAGCCAUGGGCCAAAGGCUGGGAUUUCCUGCAGAAAAUGUAUUGUCGAAUGUGAAGCCGGAGCAGAAAGCUGACAGAAUAAGAAAUUUACAAAGAAAGGUUUUCAACGCCAAAGAACGCAAAACAGGAGGUACACACAGCUGGAAAAAGCUUAGAGCACAGGGUCAAAGAACUGUCGUAGCCAUGGUUGGUGACGGUAUCAAUGAUUCCCCUGCACUUGCACAGGCUGACCUUGGAAUUUCCGUAGGAUCUGCUACUGAUAUUGCUAUUGAAGCAGCCUCGAUUGUUCUUAUUAGAAACAAUUUAUUGGACUUACUUACUAUGUACGACUUGGCACGUACUGUUGUUCGCCGUAUCCGAUUCAAUUUUCUCUGGGCAUUUAUUUAUAAUACAGUUGCAAUUCCUAUUGCCGCUGGUAUUCUUUAUCCGAUUGUAGGUCAAGGCCUUCCUCCCUAUAUUGCUGGUAUCGCUAUGGUUGCCUCAAGUAUUAGUGUAGUUUGUUCUAGCCUUUUAUUGCGUUUGUAUAAGCCUCCAAAAAUUGCAGCAGAUUCACAUCAAAUCAAAUUGUAAGAGUACUACAUACCCUUGAUAAGUUCACAAUUUUUUUUUAUGCAGCCUUUAUAUAAUUUUUUUUUUAUAUUUAUAAUAAACACGCUUCCUGUUUGAUCC